AUGACGAACACGUCAUCCUCUGACUUCACCCUCCUGGGGCUUCUGGUGGACAGUGAGGCUACGGGGAUUGUAUUUACAGUGAUCUUUGCUGUUCUCGUGGUGGCUGUAACUGCAAAUUUCGUCAUGAUAUUCUUGAUUCAGGUGGACUCUCGCCUCCACACCCCCAUGUACUUUCUGCUCAGUCAGCUGUCCAUCAUGGACACCCUUUUCAUCUGUACCACUGUCCCAAAGCUCCUGGCAGACAUGGUUUCUAAAGAGAAAACCAUUUCCUUUGUGGCCUGUGGCAUCCAGAUCUUCUACUUGACCAUGAUUGGUUCUGAGUUCUUCCUCCUGGGGCUCAUGGCCUAUGACCGCUACGGCUGUCACCCUCUGCGAUACCCAGUCCUGAUGAACUGCAGGAAGUGUGUUUUGCUGGCUGCUAGCGCCUGGUUUGGUGGCUCCCUCGAUGGCUUUCUGCUCACUCCCAUCACCAUGAAUGUCCCUUACUGUGGCUCACGCAGUAUCAACCAUUUUUUCUGUGAGAUCCCAGCAGUUCUGAAACUGGCCUGUGUGGACACGUCCUUGUAUGAAACUCUGAUGUACAUCUGCUGUGUCCUCAUGUUGCUCAUCCCCAUCUCUCUCAUCUCCACCUCUUACUCCCUCAUCUUGUUAACCGUCCACCACAUGCGCUCUGCUGAAGGUCGCAAAAAGGCCUUCGCCACUUGUUCCUCCCACUUGACUGUAGUUAGCAUCUUCUAUGGGGCUGCCUUCUACACAUACGUGCUGCCCAGGUCAUUCCACACCCCCGAGCAGGACAAAGGAGUGUCAGCCUUCUAUACCAUUGUCACGCCCAUGCUUAAUCCUCUCAUCUACAGUCUCAGAAACAAGGACGUCAUGGGGGCAUUUAAAAAGGUAUUUGCAUGUUGCUCAUCUGCUCAGCAAGUAGCAACAAGUGAUGCUUAG